CUUGGUCCGAGGUCAAGCCAGGGCUUCUUAUAGCUCCAGAGCUCCCGAUCCUCUUCUUCCUCUCUCAUAAUAAGAUCUUCUUCUCUGGAGCUGGAAACUCGGAGAUUCUGACUCGUCUCGGGAAGCCAUGGCGGACACUAAGAUUGUCGUUGUUGGCGCUGGUCCUGUCGGAUCUUUGGCGGCGCUAUAUGCCGCCAAGAGAGGAUACCAAGUCGAAGUCUAUGAGUUGCGGCCGGAUCUUCGCGAUCCCAGCAUCGUGCCACUCAACUUCACAAAGUCCAUCAACUUGGCUUUGUCUGAACGAGGGCUCCAUGCUAUGCAGCUGUCUGGUGAGCCGAAGCUGGUUGACCAUGUCAUGUCUGCGACUAUUCCGAUGCGCGGACGGAUGAUUCACGGACAGUCGCCGGAUGGAAGUCUUUAUGAGCACUCUCAAAACUACGGCAUAGACGGACAGGCCAUCAAUGCUAUUGACCGAGGAGCCCUCAACUCGCGGCUGCUAGACAUCCUGGAAGCCAUGCCCAACGUCAAGUUGUUCUUCAACCACAAGCUUACUGGAGCCGACUUUAAGAAGAACAAGGCUUGGUUUGAAGCCCGCGACAGAGACUACGUUCCUAAUGGCCGUCCUAGAGAAAUCGAAAUCACUUUCGAUCUCAUGAUUGGAGCGGACGGUGCACACUCUGCCGUUCGCUAUCACCUGAUGAAGUUUACCAGAAUGGAUUACCAACAAGAGUACAUCGACACCCUGUGGUGCGAAUUCCAUCUUCCCCCUCGUCCCGUGGAUGAGAAUGAGAAAGACCCCAACGCCAAGUUCCGAAUCUCGCCGAACCACUUGCACAUCUGGCCGGGCAAGGACUUUAUGUUCAUUGCCAUUCCCAGUGAGGACGGAUCAUUCACCUGCACCCUCUUCAUUCCCAGCGGUGAGAUUUCGGAGCUGGAGAGGGACCCUUCCACGGUCCCGGCGUUCUUUGACAAGCACUUCCCCGGAGUUACCGCCUUGAUACCAGGGCCGGAUCUUAUCAAGUCGUUUGAGACAAACCCUCACCUGCCGUUGAUUAGCCUCAAGUGCAAGCCCUAUCACCAUGGCUCUUCUGGAGUCAUCAUCGGCGACGCAGCCCACGCCAUGGUGCCUUUCUAUGGCCAGGGCAUGAACGCUGGCAUGGAAGAUGUCCGCAUUCUCUUUUCCAUCCUCGACAAGCACGUGAACCUCGGAGAGACCAACAACCCCGACGGAGAACUCAUCCACUCCACCGAGACAUCCUCCUUCCAACGCUCCCUCGCUCUGGCAGAGUACUCUGCUGUCCGAGCAAAAGACGCCUACGCCAUCAACAACCUAGCUCUGCAAAACUACGUCGAAAUGAGAUCCUCGGUCCUCUCCAGGCGGUACAGACUGCGCAAGUACCUCGAGGAAUUCAUGAGCGUGCACUUCCCGUCCUUUGGCUGGCAGACCAAGUACUCCCGCGUCAGCUUCGGCAACGAGGGAUACGCAGACGUGGUGCGCAAGAGCGAUCGCCAGGGUCAGAUACUGGUGCAGAGCUUCAUUGCGCUGGUCUCGAGCCCUGUUGUCUUGACGGCCCUUGUACUGGCGUAUAAGCGUCGUGGAUCUCUUGCAUCCUUUGUUGGAGGGCUUUUCGGUUGGAAAUGAUACCGAUAUUAGAGCUCAGGCGAGGGGGGUCACUGUCGCUCCUUUUUUCCUUCAAUCUUGGCGUGGUAUGGGUCUGAAGUACGACAAUUCAUGUCUUGAUGGGUUGGCAGAUGCAUGAACAGUUCAAAAAAAGGCGAUAACGGAGGCAAAUGUCAAAUAUGUACAUGAAUAUUUGCAGGGAUUGGCACUUUGUAGCAGCGGUUAGGAUUCUAACAUGGGCAUGUAGAAAUGUGAACAAUAUGGGCGGUAUGGUCUAAUACAAGCGGAUAUCUGGAUAAACAAACUCCAAUCAAAUAGCAAAUAACAUCAAUUGAGGGAAAAAAAUCCAAUUCAC